AUGCCUCGAUAUGCCAGCAAACAGCAAAUACAGCUGGAAACGAACAGCCGCAGUGGCUUAACCACUGAAUGCAACAUAUUUGAUAACAAACAGGGCUUUAUCGAAGCCGCCGCAAAUCAUCUGUCCCGGAAACAAGUCCCGAGCCCCUUCACCUCACUUUUUCGAUCUUGGGAGAGUGCCCUACGACGAAGAGCCCAAAUGAUCAAAAAGGGAGCCUUCAAAGUCCUGAUUAUUGCCAUCUGGUUGAGAAACCGGGUAGUCUAUGAUGCGGAAGAUAUUGCAAAGUCCCUGGACUAUGUGGUAUGCCCAGCCACACCUGACAAGGAAACAAGACCACUUGAUCCCCAUAUUGACGAGAUCCUUAGUACGGGUGGUAUCCUAGCAUCCGAAAAUAUGAUACUUGCAAGUUUUGGAGGGACGAAUUGCGAAAUUAAGAGGGUACAGAUAUCACCACUUAUCAAUGACAAGCGAAAGCUCUUGCCUGCGAUGAUGCCUACAGAAGUUGAACUGAAAUACGAUAACGGGAAAGUUGAAAUUACUGAAAGGUUGGCGUCCGAGCUAUUUCACCGUACCGGAGUUCUGGAUGAUGGGCAGUUCUGCGUUCUUGUGCUGGCAAUUUGUGGAUGUCCCGUCAGAGCCAGGAUAACAGAGGAUGGUGUAGUAAUCAAGACUAGUGAGAUAUCUAAUAGACCAUGGGUAGUCUUUCGUAACGGCAAACAAGAGUACUAUUUCCAACUAGAGGAUGGGUUGAUGCAACAUCACCCAACACAGUGUUGGUGA